AUAUCGACUACUCUCGCCAUGGCUAACGACGUGCUCGUACUGGCCGUUACAUGCCCGGUUUUAUGGGGCCUCUGGUACCUGUAUGACCGAUCCGUGACCAAGUCCGCGAUCAAGGGCCUCCCUGGUCCUCCUUCGCAAUCUUUCAUCACAGGCAACCUGAAACAAAUCUUCUCAUACGACGGAAUGUCGUUCCACCACAUGCUGCCGCUGAGAUACGGGGGCGUAGUGCAGAUCAAUGCCCUCUUUGGGGAUCAACAACUAUACAUCUCCGAUCCCCGCGCGCUGCACCACAUCCUCGUCAAGGACCAGUACGUCUUCGAGGAAACCUCCGGUUUCAUCGCUUCCAAUCGCGUAAUUUUCGGCGCUGGGCUUCUUUCCAGUCUCGGCGAGCAACACCGACAGCAACGGAAGAUGCUCAACCCCGUGUUCUCUCCGGGCCACAUGCGCGCUCUCGUGCCCAUCUUCUACGACCUCACGGAGCAGCUUCGCGAUGUGCUCGCCAGGAAGGUCCAGUCCGGCGAGGAAGAGAUCGACAUGCUCAAGUGGAUGUCCCGUGCCGCCCUCGAGUUCGUCGGCGUCGGUGGUCUCGGGUACUCCUUCCAAGCGCUUGACGAGAACGUGGAGAAUGUGUACGGGACCGCAACCAAGCAACUCCUGCCGGCUCUAUUCACGUUACUGCCGUUCCGACCGCUCUGGACGCUCGCCGACCAGACGCUCCCGCUCUGGCUGCGCCGCAUCAUCGUCAGACAUCUCCCACUCAAGCGCGUGAAGAAGAUCCGCGCGAUCGUCGAUAUCAUGCACAACAAGAGCCUGGAGGUGUACAACAAGAAGAAGGAGGCGCUCCUCGCCGGAGACGGUGCGAUCGGGUCCCAGGUCGGCGACGGCAAGGACAUCAUGAGCACCCUGUUGCGAGCGAACAUGGCGGCAGCGGAGAAGGACCGAUUGUCGGAGGAUGAACUCCUCGGACAAAUGAACACGCUGAUAUUCGCUGCGCAUGAUACGACGAGCUCUGCGUUGUCGCGUAUCCUGUAUAUGCUCUCGAACGACCAGGAGCGGCAGGAGAGGUUGCGCAAGGAGGUUACGGAGGCUCGCGCCGAGUACGGGAACCUCGACUAUGACAAGUUGAUGGGCUUGCCGUACCUUGAUGCGAUCUGCCGAGAAACUCUGCGAUUACACGCGCCCUCGACCGUCCAACAACGCACCGCACGGAAGGACAUCUCCAUCCCGCUCAGCUGGCCGGUGACGCUCACCAACGGGCAGACGAUCAACGAGCUCCCCGUGCGCGACAACCAGACCGUGCUCGUGUCUAUCGCGGGCACGAACCGGAGCCCGCUCAUAUGGGGCGAGGACGCGGCGGAGUGGCGCCCGGAGCGCUGGCUGGAGCCGCUCCCCGACAGCGUCGCGGCGGCGAAGGUGCCCGGCGUCUACUCCAAUUUGUUAACCUUCAUCGGCGGAGGCAGAGCGUGCAUCGGAUUCAAGUUCUCCGAGUUGGAGAUGAAGGUCAUCCUGUCGGUUCUCGUCGAGAACUUUGUCUUCUCGCCCUCGAAGGACGAGAUCGUUUGGAGGUUGAGCGCGGUUCAGAUCCCGUGCGUCAAGGGCCGCGAGGGCGACCCACCGCACAUGCCGAUGAGGCUCGCGCUCGCGAAGCGGUCCUGAGCGCAGUGUCGCACUGCAUGGUUCGAGGGUGUUGUUGGAGUUUUCGUUGGGUGGGAUCGUCCGGUCGUUAUGCUUUUGCUCUUGCGUUUCUCUGUGUACAUACGCACCAGGGUUGCAGAGAUUAUUCCAUCAAAUAGCUUUGGCCUUCGCCAAUAAUAAUCGUCC